CACCGUUCCGUGGGCGCUGCAGCCAGCCAACACCCCCUCGAAACACCACACAUCGGCUGCAGCUCCAACAUCGACCCUCGCCGCAUCAACUGUGUCGCGUCUCGACGACAUCCAAUCACAAACAAAACAUCUCCGACAGACACACGCCCCCAAACACGUGAAGCAAGCCCAUCGACAGCUCGCGAAGCUACCCCCGUAGCUCAGGCUGAAGCUCUCCGCGUCGAAGCUUACGCAAGGAACCACGCACCGUGCCUGUGCUGUCAAGCAUCGCACGCGUUCUUCUCACUCUCCUCAGGCGGCAGCUGGCCCUGCAAUGAUAGCCUAGGCUCACCCCCAAAGCCCGCCAUGUUCUCCAACAUCUCCAACCUCGUCCAAAAGGCCCAGCAGCUCAUCGACCCCCUCCAGGGCCUCAACCUCUCCGGCAGCGAUCGAAACCCGUCCAAGGCGUCCCUCUUCCAGAACCAAUUCCGCCUGCCCGCGUCCCAAACACCCCUCUUUGAAAUCAGCGCAGAGCUCACCAUCCCGCCCAUCAAUGCGUCCAAGGACCAAAAGUACCAGGACCAAGGCUGGCACUAUGCCGGCAAGCUGCAUCUCUCCGAGGCCUUUCUCUGCUUCUCGACCACGCCCUCCAGCUUCAUCCAGUCCGCCAGCACAUCCUCGUCAGCCCUCUUCACGGGACAGACCCACGGCGGCGGGCCCAGCGGCAACGGCUUUACUUUUCCGCUGUGCUCCGUCCGUCGCGUAGAGAGACUCAAUAGCCAAAACUUUCAGUUUGCCCUGGCCAUCACAACAUGGAACGGUCUACUCUUCGAAAAUGCCAAAAACAGAGACACUGCCAACGAGCCGACGGAACAGCGCGUAACCAUCCACCUGGCUGGAUCCAGGCAAGCAUGCGAGCGCUUCUGCGACGGGCUCAAGAAGGGCCUCCGCGCCGGCGUAGGAAACGUCAACAAGUUGCGAAAGGUCGUUGCUGAGUGCUACUCGGAGCACCUGCUGCGGUCCGAGGACAAAAAGGGCAGCACACCACCAGAUGCCGGUCUCGGUAUGCUCUUUCGAUAUCCUGGCGACCCCAAGAAGCUCCGCGACAGAGCCAAGAUGCGUCUCUGGGGCGAGUACCUGCGUGAUAAUGGCCGCAAUGCCACUCUCAUUAGACAGCCUACCUUUCACAAGCUCAUCCGUGUCGGUCUGCCAAAUAGACUCAGAGGCGAAAUGUGGGAGUUGACGUCUGGCUCGCUGUACUUGCGUCUAGAGCACCCAACGCACUAUGCAGAGACCCUUGCCAAGUUUGAAGGCCAAGAAUCGCUCGCCAUUGACGAAAUUGAAAAGGAUCUCAACAGAAGUCUGCCAGAGUAUCCUGGCUUCCAGAGCGAGGAAGGCAUUGGCCGUCUGCGCCGCGUGCUUACCGCCUACAGUUGGGUCAAUCCCGACGUGGGAUACUGCCAGGCCAUGAACAUUGUCGUGGCGGCACUGCUCAUUUACAUGUCCGAGUCGCAGGCCUUUUUCCUUCUAUCUGCGCUCUGCGACAGGCUUGUACCUGGAUACUACUCAACCACCAUGUACGGCACGCUACUCGACCAAAAGGUGUUUGAGUCGCUAGUAGAACGAACCAUGCCCAUUCUGUGGGAUCACCUCGUCAAGAGCGACGUCCAGCUGUCUGUGGUGUCGUUGCCGUGGUUCCUCUCGCUCUACAUUAACUCCAUGCCGCUGGUGUUUGCCUUUAGAGUGCUCGACGUCUUCUUCGUCGAAGGUCCCAAGGUCCUGUUCCAAGUCGGCCUGGCCAUUCUGCGCAUCAAUGGUGAGGAGCUGCUGGAUGCUGCCGAUGACGGCGCUUUUAUUUCGGUGCUCAAGACGUACUUUUCGCGUCUUGACCAGUCUGCCCACCCCAAGUCAGACAACCCCAAGCUGCGCGCCGUCACGCGGUUCCAGGAGCUCAUGGUGGUUGCUUUCAAAGAAUUUGCGGGCAUCACACACAGCAGCAUCACGGAGCUGCGUCUCAAGAACAAGGAUGCCGUGCUCAACAAUAUUGAAAACUUUGCCAAGCGCACCGCCAUUCGCAAUCUUGGCCCCGAGAGCAAACUGCUGAGCAACGAGGAGCUCAGCUCCAUCUAUGACCGCUUCUACAACGUCCUCUACGAAAGACAGCAGCGAGACUCCAUCAUCCAGGAGCAGAACCAGCGCAGGAUGCGUGCCAGCAGAGUGCGCGCAUCAGAAAUCUUCACUACAUCGACACCCUCCCAAGACCAAGUGGAAAAGGGCCGCGUCGGCCUCGGUCCCAGCACAAGCAUGAUGGACUAUGAUGCGUUUAGAGAGUUCCUGGCGGGCAUGUCGAAAUGGGCCAUUGCAGACACGCCUAGUCAUUCACACAAUGGCUCCGGCGCGGAGACGGAACGGCUGUCCAAGACGGCCGGUGCCAGGUCAGGGCUCGGUGCCAUGUCGCCAUGGGGCUUUGGGCCUGAGCCUGUCGAUCACGACUUUUUAAGGCGCACGUUUGCAAAGUGGGAUUCCGACAAGACGUCGGCGCUGACGCUACAAAACGUAGUCGCUGGUCUGGCCGGCGUCAAGGGCAAAAAGGACAUUAUGGGCACGAUUAACUACUUUUUUGACCUCUACGAUGAUGAUGGCGACGGCAGAGUGGACCGCGAGGGUAUCCUCGGCAUGUCUGAGGCGCUGCUCUUCCUAUCUCGACGUGGUUUAGAAGGCACAUUAAGUCCGACUGCAAGCACGCCCGACGGCGAUGCGUCGUCGCCAGCACAGACAGCUGGUGGUUCCGUCAAUGAACGCUUCCUCGGCAGCGUAAGCGCCUUUAUCCGCCGCUGCUUCGAGUAUGCCGACCCCGACCAUCCCUCCCAGGCCCAAGCAGCUAAGGCUGGCGGUGGUGAUUUGAUCUCGUUAGAAGAAGGUGAUGAAGACAAGGACAAACCCCAAUCAGAUGCACCCACCUCGAAAUCCGAGACGGCCAAUGCUGCACUGGACCCUGCGCACCCGCUGCACAUUACACUGCCCACGUUCCGCAUGGUGGUGUUGGCAGACGAGCUACUAGAGCAGUUCUUUGACUCGUCUCUCCCGACAUCCUUCCACGUCAUCAACGGCAUCUUUGAGGCACCUCAGAGCGCUGGCCCGACCCUGACGACCUUUUCCAGUCUCGGCCUGCCGUCGCGCGCCAGCAACAACAGCGGUCCUGCUAGGUUCUCGCCCGCCGGUGGUCCCGCAGCAGGCCGUGGUCUCCGCGGCGUUCUGGACAACAUUGUCACGGACGGCAUGCGUGUGGCGACAGAGGUCCGCAGACGCAUGGAGGAGGCACAGAAGGAGCUCGAGAAGAAUGCGGUACCUGGUGCCCGUGACGAGGACGAUGAGGAAGAUGACGAUUUGGGCAUCCAUAUGCCAUCGAGCAGUGGCGCAUCGAUACGUGGAGAGGGAAGGUCGGUGCGAAGCUCGGAUCGGGAUCUGCUGGAUGGUGCGGAUGCAGAGGCUGGCGCGAAAGACCAGCCGGAGCAGCAGCAGCAGCCGCUGGUGAGUCUGGAGGAGGUGGUGCCGCAGGAUGGAGGGGCGGGCGUGUUGGAGUUUGAUACGGAGAAGCAGGAUGCGGGGGCGUAGGCGUGGGGGGGUAGAAUAGAAUAUCAGUCAUGGCGUAAAUGAAUUUGCAUUGAAAGUUACGAUCUUAACAGACUGGCA